GAUCUUUACUUCAUCAAACUCACUUGAAGUCUUCCUCUUGUUGUGUCCAUAUUUCAAAGACACACCUGGCCGAGUGACUGCCUGCUUCGGCAGCUGCAGAUAUAUCCAUUGGUCGAUGAACAGCUGAUUAACAGCCGUCGAUAUGCGGCCGCCUCUUACACCUCGAUGGUUCCAACUCCGACGACCAGUGACCUCUUCAAUCCUCUUCCAUCGAAUCCGUCACUUUCAUGCAACUCGACCGGCUCCACUCGUCGCAGAAUCCGUCACGCUUGCCAGCGAUUUCCUUCAUGGCGUCCACGGAGUCACAGGACUACCAUGGGCAGCCUCAAUACCCCUAGCAGCCGUUUGUGUGCGAAUGGUUGUAGCUUUCCCACUCCUCGUUUGGUCUCGCGUAACCAAUCGUAAAAUGGCGGACAUCGCACCACUACUAUUAUGUCUCCGAAAUCAUUACCAACAGGCUGUCAAGGCCCAGGCCAUGGAGAACAAGUUAUACAUGCGACCCAGAGAAGCCGAGAGGCAAUUACGAGCCCAUCUCAAGGAAAGAACUGCUCUUCUCUACAAGGAAUGGGGGAUAUCUCGAACUCUGGGUUUUCUGCCCUUGCUGCAGCUUCCCGUUUGGCUGGCUCUUAUGGAAGGUGUUAGGAAUAUUGGCCAGAGCAUGAAUCUACCAGGCGUUGAACCGGCUUUGGCGAAUGGGGGUGCAUUCUGGUUUCCGGACCUGCUAGCUGGAGAUACAACUGGUAUUUUACCUCUCGCCCUCACUCUGUCCAUCAUGGCAAAUGUGCGACUCGGGUUCACUACAAAGACUUUUGCCGAGUUAUCUGAUUAUAAAACCCCGGAAAUGACUCGUCACCUAUUCUUGAAGGUUGUGAAAGAAUUUUUAACAUUCAUGUCGGUAUAUAUUGGCUUCACAGCUUACAUGACAGGGAUGCCUGCGGGGAUGAUGCUGUAUUGGAUCGCUAGUACGAAUACGGCAACAUUGCAAUCAAAGUUUCUCGACUUCUUGUUUGCUAGCAAACGCCUACAGAUUUUGCCUCAAAUGCACGUUCGUGUUUUGAAGCCGGGGGAGAAACCGCCGCCAAUCAAGUCUCUCGAAUGA